CGGCCAUGUCCUCGGCCAAGCAGCGAGGCUCCAAGGGCGGCCCCGGCUCGUCUGCCCCCUCCAAGAAGGGCGCCCACCCGGCGGGCGGCCCCGAUGACGUGGCAAAGAGGCAGCAGCAGCAGCCGCAGUCCCAGCAACAGCCCAGGCAGCAGCAGCAGCAGCAGCCCAGGCAGUCCCCCCAGCCAGCCAAGCAGGGAGGGGGAGGGGGAGGCGGUGGGAAAUCCUCCACAGCCUUCUCCUCUUCCUCCUUCUUUGGCAAGCUAGCAAAGGUUUUCUACUUUCUCUUCUACCUCACCCUCAUCGCUGGGGCCAGCUUCUCUGGCUGGUGUGUCCAUAACCUUUUGGAGGAAGUCCAUCAGAUCCGGCUCCGGAAUGAGGGCUUCACCAGGCAGAGAGAGGAGCUGGGCCAGGGCUUACAAGGCGUCAUGCACAAGGUGCAAUCUCUACAGUCUACGUUUGUGAGUUUUGAGUCCAUCUUGAAAAACUCCCAACAUAAGCAAGAACUGACGGAGAAAGCAAUCAAGCAGGGGGAAAAUGAGAUUAAUCGUAUCAGCGAAGUGCUACAAAAAUUGCAGAACAAGAUCCUGAAGGACCUUUCUGAUGGCAUCCAUGUGGUCAAGGAUGCCAGGGAAAAAGAUUUCAACUCCCUGGAGCACACUGUGGAAGAGAGACUCACAGAGCUGACCAAGUCCAUCAAUGAGAACAUCGCCAUAUUCACCGAUGUCCAGAAGAGGAGCCAGAAGGAAAUCAACGAGGUGAAAGCCAAGAUCUCUUCGUUGGAGGAGACAGAUUGGUACAAAGAUGAUUUGAAGGCACUGAGGGAUGUGGUGGAUGGACUUCAGUCCUCAGUGAAAUCCAGAGAAAAGGAUAUUGAGUCCUUGAAAACUUCCUUGGAGACCAUGGAGUCUGAUGUCUACACUGAAGUCAAAGAGUUGGUGAACCUGAAACAGGAGCAAGAGAAGUUCAGGGAAGCUGCUGACAAUGAACAUCUCACCUUGCAAUCCCUGACGGAGAAGAUUCUUCAGGCUGAGGCUUCCUUGUCCCAUCUCCCCAAUGAGAUAAAGAGAUUGGAAGAAGAUGUGCGCCAGGUCAAAGCAAACUCCAUCCAACAAGAUGAGAAUGACAUUUUCAAGAACACAGAUGCCUUAGACUCUCUACAGAGGAGGAGUGAUGAUUUCAAUUCUAGGUUAGAGGACCUGGAAGGCAGUCUCCAGGCCAUCCAGACGGCAUCUUCUCAGCAGAUGCAAACUCUAGAAUCCCUUCUUUCCAAGAACUCAGAGCAUGAACAUCAGCUGGCUACCCUCCAGGAGCACCUUGAAGGUAUCACGGCUUCCCAUGGGUUGCGGGAUGAGGAUAAAGAUGGCCUCAAGAGUACCAUGAGAAGCCUGGGGGAAUCUCAGCUCUCACUAUACAAUGACGUGGAGGAACUGAAGAGAAGCGUGAGCGAGCUUCCUAGUGCCGUGGACUCCCUCGAGAAGGUGCAGAAACAGGUCCGCACUCUGCUUGAAAAUGCCCAGGGGGACACUUCUCUUCCUCCUAACUAUCUAGAAAAACUGGCGUCCGUGGAUGACUUAAAAUCCUCCUUAAGCCAACUGGAAUCAGACCUAAAAAUGGUUAGGACUGCUGUGGACAGUCUGGUCGCCUACUCAGUGAAAAUUGAAACCAAUGAGAAUAAUUUAGAGUCCACAAAAAAUUUAUUGGACGACCUGAGGAGCGAUCUGGAUCGACUAUUUGUGAAAGUUGAGCAAAUUCAUGAAAAAGUCUAA